UGGAGACAUGUUUAAGCUUUUAUAUCCAAUGCCAAAUAGUACUAAAUAGUUUGCCGUGAUUAAUAAUUUAUGCAAAAAUUAGAAUUUGCUUUGUUCACGGCGCAUAGCGGGAGUUUCGCGUAUGAAAACAGGUCCGGGGUGCGUUUCCUUGCAGUCGCAUGAUCGUGCUGCAACUAUUCUUUCGGAAAAGAAGCAAGGAACCCUGUUGGACAUGAGUUAUUACGUACAUGGUUUUUAGCUGCCGUUUGUUGCGACAUUUUACCAAAAACACACUAGUGCACCUUAUGUUGGGAGCCUUUCUCCAACGUGAUACGUGCUUAUUUCGGAGAUAUGCGCCCAAUAAUACAGAUCAUUCUGGCCAACGCCCUCUUCCUCGGCAUCAAAGCUCAGCUUCCAGAAGGUAUGUUAGCUUUUGGAAAGUGCAAAGCCAAUGCAAUGCUGGUGUGAGAAUUCCAGGAUGGAAGUCCUUGAUUGCGCCUGAGAUUAUGGACGUGUUGACGGCGGCAGCUCCCAGCAUUCACAACACCAGCGAGAACUAUGCGGGUUGCAUAGAAGGCGAUAUGGACGGCUUUGAUCGGGCAGUUUUGGAAGACCUACCGACAGAAGACAAGGGAGCAAGUUUCAUCGGCAAUGAAACCGCUCUCUGGCCUCACGGAAUAGUUCCCUUUUCCAUUAGUAAAGAGUUUGAACAAAAGAAUAGACGGAUGAUAGAAAGAGCCUUAGAAGCUAUGUCCAACGCAACGCUCAACUGCAUAACAUUUAUCCCACGGAAGCAGGAGACGAGCUACGUGAAAUUUGUCAGCGCCUACGGCUGCGGCUCUUUCAUCGGACGUCAAGGUGAUGACAAACAGGAGAUACGGUUGAGUUUUUCAAACUGUGUGCGGCAUAUCGGCGAUGUACAGCACGAGGUCAUGCACGCGCUGGGAUUCUUCCACGAGAUGAGCCGCGAAGAUCGCGAAAAUUAUGUCACCAUCAACAUGGAUAAUGUCGUUCCAGACCAAAAAUUCAAUUUCCUGACGCGGCAUGGUCAGACAUUCUCCUUGCCCUACGACUAUUCCUCUAUCAUGCAUUAUGAGAUCAAUGCUUUUGCGCUCAACAAAUCCAUUCCAACCAUUAUUCCUAAGAAGGGCGCUCAAGUGUGUAUGGGACAACGGAAGGUCAUGAGUCCGUUGGAUGCCAUUAAGAUCCGCAUUGCCUACAAAUGUCUGAAUGUGUCGCAUGUCCGCAAUACAAACUGGGAGCAGUUUUUGGCGGCAAAUCCAGUGUGCGCAGUGCCCCUGAACUUUGAGGGGCAACAGAUACCGACCGGGAAAAGCUUCUAUUCGCCACAAAAAUCUUUCCGAUUGGUCUUGCAGUCCGAUAACAACAUUGUCCUGUAUCGAGAGUGUGACGGAAAAGAUAUCUUUGCGACGGACACUUCUUAUGCGGCCGGUGUUGAUGUUCUUAUAGACAGUGACGGGAACUUGAGAACAGUUGAUAGCUAUUCCGGGGAAAUACUGUGGUCAGCAUGGAGUUCACAGACCGUCAAAUAUCAUGAUGCCAAGCUGUACUUGUCCGAUUCCGGGUACUUUUAUUUGUGCAGUAGAGAUGUUGGCUGCUACUGGCGAUCAGCCAGCUAUCAUAACACAGAAUGCAACGGUAGGUCGGAUUAUCUUCCAUCAAGUAAUUACCGAGUUGUCGCGCGGGCUGGGGAUGAUGUAACCUCCAAGAAGAUCUUCUCACCCAGUCGGCAAUUUUACGCCCGGUUCCGCCUGCCCAAUGCAUUCUACGUCCAGCGCACUUGUGAUCGUGGUGUUGGAUUUAGAGCACGAAUGGAAACACGAGCCAGCCAGUUCAACCAAGCAGCACGCUUGUCCUUACAGCGUGACGGGAAUUUGGUAAUGUACGACAGGAACGACCUGGAUUUGUGGAGUACCGGAACAUACGGAGCGCAGUUUAAUGAGCCCGAGCUCCGGUUGUACGAUGACGGAUUUUUGUAUUUAUGCAGUACAAACGCGUGCUACUGGCAGUCCAGUGGGUUCCUUACCGACUGUCAGCGAAUGCAUCACACGAAGUCGAGGAGUUUAGGUUUAGAUCAGUACAUUCUAGACUGGAGAUCCCUUAUCGCGCCGGAAAUCUUGGAUGAAAUAGCCUCCGUAGGACCAAAGGAUCAAAAUAUUAACGAAACCUGCGAAACCUGCAUAGAGGGCGAUAUCGAUGGGUUCGACCGAACCGUGGUCCUUGAUCCAACAAAUACGGAAGCCAACUUUAUUGGCUUCGAUGCUCCCGUGUGGCCUCGGAAGAUCCCCUAUUAUAUAUCGCGAGAUUUCAGCGACAAGCAAGCUACCCUCAUCCGAAAUGCUCUGCAGUAUAUGUCCAAUGCCACGCAGAACUGUAUUACAUUCGUGCGACGCAGUGACGAAGAGAGUUACAUGCAUUUCAACCCCCAUUUUAUGUGUGAAUCGUUCGUCGGUUACCGGGGCGGCAGUCAGCAAGUUGGCUUGUCUUUCGGAAGCUGUGUCCGUUCAAUGGGCGAUAUACAACAUGAAAUUAUGCAUUCUCUGGGAUUCUACCACGAGAUGAGCCGCGACGAUCGGGAUCAAUACGUAACGAUUAAUGUGAAAAACAUCCGACCAGAUCAAAUGAGUAAUUUCGUCACAACGCAUGGACAGACCUUUGAUCUCCCUUACGAUUACGCCUCCAUCAUGCAUUACGAAAUUAACGCCUUUGCUAUCAAUAAAUCACUCCCGACGAUCAUUCCGAAAAAGGGCUCAAAGGUGUGCAUCGGUCAGCGCAAAAUCCUGAGCCCACUGGAUGCCAUUAAAAUCCGGAUUGCCUAUGGAUGCAUGAACAAAUCUAAACUGAGCAACAUGAACUGGGAGCAGUUCUUCGCUACGAACCCCGUGUGCUCCACGCCUUUGGAGUUGAAUAAGCAGCAGUUGCCGGUGGACAAAAACUUCUAUUCUCCCCAAAAAAGCUUCAGACUGGUGUUUCAGAGCGAUAACAAUCUUGUUCUGUAUCGGCAAUGUGAUGGCAUAGACAUUUUUGCUGCCGCGACCGACACUUAUUUUUCGGCUCCUGGCAGUCGCGGUCAAGCAUAUUUAGAUGACAACGGAAAUCUGAAAGUCAUCGAUGGGCUUUCAAAUGAAGAGUUGUGGUCGGCAUGGACGUCGAAGACUGCCACGUAUCCCAAUGCGAAGCUGUAUUUAUCGGACUCUGGCUACUUCACUUUGUGCAAUAAUGCAACAGGAUGCUAUUGGAGAUCGAUCAGUUUUCAUAGUGGCGACUGCAACGGUGCGCCGGAUUAUAUUCCAGCUAAUAUUUAUGCAGUUGUUUCGUCCGCCGAUGUGAAUUUAUCUUUCAACAAAGUGUACUCGCCAAAUCGGCAGUUUUUUGCCCGAUUUCAGUUACCAAACCAGUUCUUUGUUAAGCGAACUUGCGAUGACGGCAUUGGGUUCAGCGCAGCGGUCGGUGCCAACACCUUAAAAGCUGCGCGGCUGACGUUGCAGCGUGACGGAAAUUUAGUGAUGUACGAUGAUACCGACACAGAUUUUUGGAGCACCGGAACGUUUGGUCCACAAUACGCUGAACCAGAGUUGCGAUUAUACGAUGACGGAUUCCUUUACUUGUGUAAUGCGCAGGGAUGCUACUGGCAGUCCAGUGGAUUCUUAACCAGCUGCUCAAAAUAGCGGAACAAAGCUUCUUCUGUUCAACCUUAAGUUCUAAUUCACAAAUUAAGGUAAACGGUGGUUUUUAUAACCUUUUUCCGAGCGGGUUUCUAAAACAAAUUCAGAAAAUCCAAUAAAGACCAU